AAUAUUCUUAUCACAUCCGGGCAACUUUGGCGUUUAGUCGCCAUAUUACACGAAAGUUUUAUUUAUAAUAUUGCGAUCGUUCUGAUCGCCUAGGCGUAUAGGGCGCUUAGACAACAUUUGAGGGGUUUCGUGGAACCCCUCCUUUAACUUUUUAAACCAACCUUCAUCAAUUUUUAUACUUGAUUGUCAUCUUAUUUAGGUACAUUUUUUUGCCCUUGUUUAUUGCAAUCAUGGAACAGUAAAUAUGGAGUUCAGAAACAGAAAUAAGUCAAACACAGUGGCCAACUGGUCCCAAGUCAAUUGUUUUGUAGUUGUUAAUGUCAGAGGAAGACAGGAUGGAAAAGAAAGGGAACUCUCGUCAAUCGUUUUCUGCACCGAGGUUGAACACGCCAGACUCUAAAAAAGAUGUGUCCACCAGAAACCAGAACUGGGGUAGGCGCCGUGGAAAUAGUUCAGCUGCUGGUAACAGUUCCUACAAUGAAGGUAGAAAACCCACUCCUCAGAAGCAGCGUUCAGGUAUCGACAAGCGGCCAAGACCAAGAGGAGACUACUCCACAGGAAACGGGGGUGACCUAGAAGAAGAAGAGUUGAGUGCAGAAUAUGGCUCUGCUAUCCAGACUGGAUCCAAGAAGGGAAACCUGAACCACCUACUCAACUUCACAUAUGAACAUGCAGUGCCGAGCAGCCAGGGGCGGGGUGGGAACUUUGGGUACAGUUCUGGUCGCCAGAUGCGCUACAGGAACACUUACACUCGCAAUAGGAAGCUCUACUAUAACAAGGAACAGUUUCUGCAAGCUAAUUGCCAUUUUGUGGUGAGGGAGAAGGGGGAUUACUCUGUUCACAUGAUGGAUCCAGACACACUGGUUGACUGGGGUGCAGUGGAACAAGUGAGAGUGAUAGACAGUGAGGCUGCAAGCUGUCCAAUCUGUCUGCAGUACCCAGUGGCUGCCAAGAUGACCCGCUGCGGCCACAUAUAUUGCUGGGCCUGUAUCCUACACUACCUUGCACUUGGGGAGAAAACAUGGAGAAAAUGUCCAAUUUGCUAUGAGUCAAUACAUAGUGAGGACUUAAAAAGUGUUUCAUGUCGUGAAGUGAGCAAGUACAAGAUUGGUGACGAGAUAUCUAUGACUCUUAUGAAGAAGGAAAAAGGCAGUAUAUAUGCUGUGCCUGCCAACCUGUGGAACAAAUGCACAGGAAAAUGCCAUAAUGUUAGAGAGUCAGCUGACAUGACCAAUCAUUGUAAACUGUUGACUGCCACCCCAAACCAGGUGCUGGAAAUAUUGGAUAUGGAGAGACGGCAACUCCUCAUGCAGCUCGUUGAUGCUGAGCCGUCUGAGGAACCAUUCAUCAAGGGAGCCCAGGAUCAACUGAAGGCCAGGGAGCUGAAGUUGCUGGGUGUACAGGAGGCCCCAUUUGAGGUGCAGCCAGCUGAGGAGCCCACAAUCACUACCAGUGAGGCCCAGAUAGACAUGCACAUAGUCAAACCACUGCCAGAUGAUAGGAAAAUCAAACAGUAUAAGUCAGCCUGGUCCGAUGAGGAGGAUGAGGAUGUUGAUGAACAGCCUGCCUCUGAGCGUCCCAGUGCUGAUAGUUCUAUUACUGAUGAGCCCAGCCAGACUCAGUCCCCAAUGCAGGUCUCACCAUCCAGGACUCCUGGAGCUGAAGCGGAACCAGAGAUGUCUCUCUCUCCUUUACACUCACCCACUGCAACACAACAACCUGUGGAAAUGAUUCCAGACUUCAUGCCUGUAGAAGAGGCAGCUGAACAGCUAGAGCUGCCCUCCCAUCCUCCUGGCCCUAAACAGAGAAAUAAAUCGGGAGAUAAUGCUUUCUACUUCUACCAGGCUCAGGAUGGUCAGCACAUAUACCUCCAUUCCCUGAAUGCCCGAUGUUUGGUGCGGGAGUAUGGCUGCCUGGAACAUUGUCCACAGACCAUCACAGCCACCAUCAUGGAAAAAGAGAGCGUGUUUGUCACUGAGGAGUUGAGGAAGCGGCUGCGCUACUUAAGUCACUUGCCACUUACCUGUGGGUUUGAGGUGGCCGAACUGGCCCUCAAGCCUCCUCUCGUCAAUAAGGACACUCUCAAACACUUCCAAGAGGAUAUAGACAAGCGUCGCCGACAAAGACAACGUCGUGCCAAAGAUGAUAAGCGUCGGGCAAGAUACAUAGAGGAGCAGGAAAGGAAGCAAAUGGGAUUAGGUACAGGGACUAUAGUCCAUAGCCAGUUCCAGCAGCAGCAGUUUGUACCAGAGAGGCUGGGGGAUAAUUGUAGCGACACUAGCUCUCCACUGCUUAACACACCUGUUGGUAGCCCUAGUGUCCACAGCAGUGAGGAUUUCCCAACCAGUCAAAGCCCAGCAGAUGAUGGCCAGACUGCUUGUGUCUCAUUUGCACAGAUGCUGAAGGCAGGUUCCAAGUCCUCAACUGUGUGGCCGAAGGGGAAGGCUGACCAGGAAAAAUCGCCCAUAUCCCUUGGGUCGGGACGGGUGGGCAGUGAUGAGAGUGAUAAUGAGGACAAGGUACCUGUGCCCCAAUACAGUUCUACAUUCAGCAAUGCUCUACAGGCCGCAUUUGAAACCAUCAACUCCAAGAAAGAUACAGAGGUUGCUGCUGGUGGACCCAAGUCCGGGAAGAAAAAGAAGAAACAGUUGAUGCUGUUCUCCACCUCCAUGGCAAGGAAAUAGCACCACCAAAAAUGGAACACUCACAGAAAUGGCAUUGUGUACCUGUGCAUCCAUCUUAAAAGAACAGAUUUGAUCAUUUCUUGUUUACAAUGUAUAGGAGAUACAUGUUGGAUAUAAGUGUUACCUGUUUUAAGUCUUAAUUUGUUUAAAGCAAUUGUUAUUCUCGCAUGUUUGAUCAUUUUUUAUGCAUAAUUUAUGUUUAAUUUUAUGAAUAUCAUCUAUCAUUAUUUUUUUGAUUUUGUAAUAACCACAGAUACGGUGUAUUGGGAACGUAGUUGUGAUAUUGGCUUUCCGUUCAAACCCUCCAUGUCCGUAUUCUUAAGGUGCAACUUUUCCUUAAUUAAAACUGAAUCUAUUGUUUGUAUUAAUUUCAAUCCCCAAAACAUGUGACUGCAUUGUGGAGAUCGGAACAUUCGGGGUAGAGUGAGGUCACCAGUCAAUGGCAGCACUCAACAGGCCUCGGUUUCCUUUGAACCAUAUCACUAUCUGUAAAGAUGUAUUCAUGUAACGAAAUCAUGUUUAUACUAAACAAUGUAAAAUGUUGAAUAACCUUCAAGAGUUGCAGCUUUUGGAUUUUCUGGCAUCAUUAUUUAGUUUUAUGUAUGUCUUGACUUAUUAUAUUGCAAAGUGUACGUCUUUGGAAUAUAUAAUGUACGUUAAGUUUAAGGUAUUAGUUAAAUUUCGUUAUUUGUACAAAAUUGAGUUCCUUUAUUUAUUCUUUAUUAAAUGCUGCAAGUAAU